AUGUGUACCAAUGAUUCGACAAGUUGGGCUUUUGCUGUAGCACCAAUUAUUUACGCUAAGGAGAAUGAGAUUGAAGAUGAAGAAAACUUAUCGUCUUCAUUUGUUGAAUCAAAUGAUGCCUUAAUUGAUGAUCAAGAUGAUAAUUUAAUUAAUUUUAAGAAAGGUAUUGAUGCUGAAGUAGUUGAUCUUGUUAAUCAAUCAUCUGAUGAUGCUGUUUCUGGUUCAUUAGUUAAUACACCAUCAACACUAAGAUCGUCAUCAAUUAUAGCAACAACAUCAACAAAACAUGGUUUGGUUCGUAAAAUCGCAACAAAUGAUUAUUUAACAACUACGAAUAAAAAAAAUGAAACUACAUCAAGAUAA